AGAAGUGACACGCUAUGUACACUAUAUAUAGUUUCUAGUUUCUAAACAAGUCGGUCCAGCUGCAAUCUGAAAAUGGGGGAGAAGGGUACAAUGGAACAGAAUAUCCUGCUCUUACAACACAGUAAUUAUUUCUGACACUGUUGUCGGGAUCAUCGAAGUGGUCAGCGUCACCAAAAGCAACACGCAUCAUGAGCUUUGUGGUAAAGGAACGGUGUCCAGAUUGUGGUCGGACUUUCAAGAACUUAUCAAACCACAAAAUCUGUCAAAGCCGAGGUUCAGGGAAACAUGCAAAUAAACUUUCUAUGGUGCAAAGGCAAGUGUGUCCUGAUUGUGGUCGAGAUUUUGUGAACCUCGCAAAUCACAAAGUAUGUCAUGGAAGAGGGGCCGGAAACAGGCAGACAUCUUAUCCACCGGAAGCAGUUCCUUGGCAACGUGUGCCAACACCCACCGACAUUGACCGUGAUCACUGGAACGCUGAUUUCACGCCCAGGCCACCUCACUGGGAUACACCACCCCCUAUUACCCCACCUUCCCGCAGGGAGAGGCGGACACCUGCCGCCACGCCCCAUCCCUCCAACAGAGAGAGACAGGCACCUACCCCUACGCCCCGUCAAUCCAACAGAGAGAGACAGACACCUGCCUCUACGCCCCAUCACUCCAACAGAGAAAGAUGGACACCUGCCCCUAUGACACCACCCUUUACGCCCCAGACACCAGCCCCUACGCCAGGUCCCUUCCAAACAGAGAGACAGACAUCACCCCCUACGCCCCCUCCUUCACACAGCGAGAUACCGAUGCCACCCUUCUACUUCCCUCUCUCCUACACAGAGAGACUGACUCCACCUCCUACUCCCCCACCUUUACCCAGAGAGGAACCAACGCCACCCCUCUACAUCCCUCUCUCCCACGGAGAUAGAAGGACACCUUCCCCAACCGCACCUCUCUAUCUGACCAUUCCAACAUUCCCCCAUCACGAUGACAAUAAUCAUAACCAAUCACGCCUUAAUCAGUCACAGGCUGGAAGACAUGAUCGACAUGGUUCGUAUUCUCAAGAACCGCAACAGUCCAGGAGACAAAGGGAACACCAGCAACGCAGGCAGCCACAUCAACAUCCCCAUCAUCCUUUCAUACAAGGGGAACAUCAGCAUGGUAUCCAAGCCGACUAUCGACCACGCCCGCAUGGCCGUUUCUCAGACUUGUUGGAAGGGCAACAAAGUUGGCGAGGUCGCAACAGUUACAACGGUAGUCUCAGUGAUGAGGAUGCUCUUGCUGUUGCUAUUGCUGCAAGUCAGAACCCAGAGGAGGCAGAUCUUGGAAGGUCAUUGAGAGAUGAACCGGAUAGUCUCAGUGAUGAGGAUGCUCUUGCUGUUGCUAUUGCUGCAAGUCAGAACCCAGAGGAGGCAGAUCUUGGAAGGUCAUUGAGAGAUGAACCGGAUAUCAAUGCGGUACCUACUGGUUCACAACGCCUUGUCCAGGAGCAUCUAAGUCGAUGUAUGGAGUUUGGAGCCAGCCAGAUCUCCGUCAACAGGGACAACAUCUGGUCCAGCAGCAUGGCCUUCUUCAAGGAUGUUUGUGUAUCGAAGACGGCUAAACAGUUAAUGGUGGCUUUCACUGAUUCCGAUGGUAGACGUGAGGAGUGUAUCGACACAGGGGGACCACGUCGUGAGUAUCUACGUCUGCUGCUGGAGUCCAUCGUCGCCAAUAGCAAGAUGCUUCAUGGUGACGAAAAACAAGGAUUUCUGAUUCGACCCAACAUAUCUGCCUAUUCAAAGAAGCACUUCCGGGUCAUAGGGGUCAUGCUGGCCACUAUAAUUGCUCAAGGUGGACAACCUCCCGCCAUAUUUGCUCCUCCAGUUGUUGAUGCUAUACUGGAUAAAGAUGAGAUGCCGUCUGUGGAUCAUGUGCCCGACACACGAAAGAGAGAAUCUUUAAAAAAGGUGUCGGAAGCUCGCGACGAGGCUGAGCUACAGGAGGCUCUGGAGGAGUGUGACUGGAGAUACGACCUGGACGGUGUCCCCUCUUAUGUUACCAUGGCCAGUAGAGAUGAGUUCCUCAGAGGAUGUGUCCAGUAUUUCGUCAUACUGCAGAGCAAGCCAAUGCUUGACCAGCUGAUUCAAGGCCUGGGUCACUGCGGGAUUCUGGAUCUCAUCAGAAGACACACGUUACGAGAUUUGCUUGAGUAUAAAUCGGAUGUUGAGGUCACGGCCGAAAGGGUUAUGGAUCUGUUGAAACCAGAUGAACGUUGCCAUAGCGACGAACAACAGAUCCUUGAGAACCUAAGCAGAUUCCUGCAGGCAGCUGAAGGUGGCAGCUUGUGUGAUGUGCUCAGGGAGAGCCAGCGUUUGACCCGAAGUCAGACCGAGUUUGCGCGGGGAUUAACUCCAGCGAGACUGCUAGCGUUUGUUACUGGAUGUAGUAGGGAACCAGCUGGCGGGUUCGUGCCGAAACCCAGCAUUGUCUUUAACAGAGCCGCCUGGCGGCUGCCAUCGGCCGCUACAUGCAGUAACCAGAUCCUGAUCACGGUGCACCAGAACUCGCUGGAGUUCCAUCGCUUUUGUCAAGCGAUGAUGACGUCAAUGAUGAACGGAGAAAACUUUACAACCGCCUAGGUUUCUUGUUAU